CUUAACAUCACUGCGCAGUUCAUUCGUCACUCAUUCAGUCUACACCAGACGCACGUACUAUAAUCUGUCGUAAGGGUGUCCACCGAAAUGGAUGCUCAUUUCCCUGUGCUGAACAUGGGAGAGCCCUGUGUUCAGAUCUUUGAACAACCUAAACAAAGAGGUAUGCGCUUCAGGUAUAAGUGUGAAGGCCGUUCGGCAGGGAGCAUACCUGGAGAAAGAAGUUCCGACAAUAAUAGAACUUAUCCAAGUAUCCAGAUUCUGAACACCUGUGGAAGAGGAAAAGUGCGUGUGUCAUUGGUAACCAAAAAUGAGCCUUACAGACCACACCCACAUGACCUGGUGGGGAAAGACUGCAAGGAUGGAUAUUACGAGGCAGAAUUUGCACCUGAACGCAGGGUUAUUGCAUUCCAAAACUUGGGCAUCCAAUGUGUAAGGAGAAGAGAAGUUAAGGAUGCCAUAAUACAGAGAGUAAACCGAGGUCUCAACCCCUUCAAUGUUCCUCGGGAGCAGCUUUUACAGACGGAGGAAUACGACCUGAACGUGGUGCGUCUAUGUUUCCAGGUUUUUCUGUCAGAUGAUACUGGAUGCUACAGCAUUGCUCUGCCACCUAUCAUCUCCAAUCCCAUCUAUGACAACCGUGCCCCAAACACAGCUGAGCUGCGUAUCUGCCGUGUUAACAAAAACAGUGGCAGCGUGAAGGGUGGAGAUGAGAUCUUCCUGCUCUGUGACAAAGUUCAGAAAGACGAUAUAGAAGUGCGCUUCUUCACCCAGACCUGGGAGGCCAGAGGCUCCUUCUCCCAGGCAGAUGUGCACAGGCAGGUGGCUAUUGUUUUCCGUACACCUGCUUACUGCGACACCUCCAUCACGUCUCCUUUCACUGUGCACAUGCAGCUGCGUCGCCCCACUGACCAAGAAGUGAGCGAACCCAUGGAGUUUAGGUAUCUGCCUGAUGACAAAGAUCCAUAUGGCUGUCGAGAAAAGAAGCGUAAAAUUGAGAAUCUAAUAAAGUCCUUCCCCAGUUUCUCGGCCGGAGAAAUGGGACAGAAACCUCAACUUCAUAUGAUAAACCCAAGGAUUAAAAGAGAGCCAAAUUCCUAUGUAAAGACCACUCAUCAUGGUUUGCCAAGGCCCAGUCAACAAAAUAUGUACAACAGUUCCUAUUCUUCUGAAUGUAUGAUGCCAUCCACUUCAGCAUCUCCAGCUUCAGUAUCAUACAACCAAGGUCAUUGGGCUUCGCUUCACUACAGCAACAACCCUGGGUCCAGUAAUGGAGCGGGUAUAUCACAGGUUAACCCAGUUAUCCAAGUUCCUCCUUCCUCUGGGGAGAGUGGAACCCUUCCCUUACUGAAUCCAAUGGACCUGGAUUUUCUCAACCCUUCAAGCGCUUCUGCCACCCAGCCUCAGCUGGAGCAGCUGGAGCACAGUGUCCAGCAUUCGCAGCAGCCUCUCCACAGGAAGGAAACCAUGCCUGCUGGUGAAUGUACCUGGCAAAAUUUUCAUUACUCACAAGCACCAGGAACACAGAAUGGGACUGCAAACCCAGGGAUGAUUGAGAUAAAUUACACAUAUCCAAAUAGUCAGGAUGGAGGUGAAAUUUUUAGCACCCUAGUCGGUCCUCAGACAAGUCAUCUUUUAAAACAAGAGCAUCAAGGGCAAAGUACUUUGUCACUGAUGGAAUCUGAAAGCUACACCUUCUAUGAACAGCCCAACCACAUGCUUAACUAUCCAGCAACCAACAGCAGCAAUCAGGAAGCAAUGAGACAUGCAGCCAGCAGUGGAUCCAAUGGAUCAGGACAGAGGAACACACAGAACCCAUCCUACUCCAUGAACAACGUGGGCCAAGAAACCCAAGUUGAACCAAUCACCUGGGCCUACAGUCAAUUUAGCGGCGAAUAAAAGAAAUGUUCAACAUUGGUUUUAAACCAUGGAGAGCAAUAUAUGUAUGUUGUUUUGAGAGUGAGUAACUGAAUAUAUUUUUUUCUGUUUAUAUAGCUUUGCUGGAUGUUGUCUGAAAUAAUCUUUAGCCCUUUCAAUUUAUUGCAUCACCAAUGAGGUACUGAGCUUAUCGUUGUAGUGGAUGAUACAAUAGCUGGAACAGGUAAACAAGCAAUUGUAAAAUUUACUAUAACAAUGAGAUUAUUUUGGCCUCCAAAGCCAUUAACACUGGGCACCACUGUCAUUUUAGAAAAGGCAGCAAUGAUUUCAAUGAACAUGUACAUAGAUUUUGACAAACAUGUUUUGGGAAUUCUGGAAAAUCUAUCCAAACUUUCUCAAGUGUGAGGAAGUAAUUCUGUUCUCUGGAACUUUCAGGGACCCUCAGACCCUGUGUAAUGGCUAUGUCAUAUUAAACACACGUUCUAUCCAAAGUUCUCAAAAUGCUGGGUUAAUCCUUAUAGUUAGGUUCAAAUUGAAGUUAGGUUAUGCCUUUAGAACAUGAUGUUGAUAUUCUCAGCUUAUUUUAUACAAACAUUUACUGGAAAAGAUUACGUCGAUUGUGGUGUAUUUGUGCUUGUUUUAGCUUCAUAGUGAUAUCAAUCAAUUGUAACUAUUUUUUUGUUUUGUAUUUUUAUACAAUAAAAAGAUUAAAUAUUA